AUGGCCGAAUCUUCGCCCUUGCUCGCCUCCAUUCAGGGCGAUAACGAGGAGUUUCCCAGCAUCCUCCACGGCAAGAAGGUGCUGCUGGCCACUGAAUCAUGGGGCCCCGUCAACGGCGUCAGUCGGACCACCCGCAGUCUUGUCGAGUACCUGCGUGAUCACGGCGUGGAGUUGAUUCUUGUCGCGCCCCAUUUCAAAGGUGACCUCUCCAAACAGAGCACGCCCUGGGAGUACCGCCUGCCCGGCUGCGCGUUGCCUUACAACCCGGACUUGACGGUCGUUUACCCCUUCCAGAUCAACGAUGUCUUCCAGCAGACUUUCCAGCCAGACAUCGUCUACCUGGCCAGUCCUGCCUCGCUGGGCUUCCAGAUGCUCCUGCAGAUCCGCCAGCUCCGGUCUCCCCCACCGGUGCUGCUCAACUUCCAGACCGAUCUGUCGGCCUAUGCGGAGAUCAUGCUCCCCACCCCCUGGACCAAUUUGGCGUCUGGCUGCUGGCAACCGUCCAGGGCUUCCUGUUCCGCACUCGUGCCGUGCACACCAUCUUCUACCCAUGCUCGGCCAUUCGGGGCUACCUGGAACGCGCAGGCGCACCCGUCGACCGGUUGGUCCAGCUGGGUCGUGGCGUCGACACCGUCAUGUUCACCCCCUCGCAACGUGAUGAGGCCUACCGCAGGGGAGAUCGCCCCCGCAGGGGAAAUCAUUCUCAUCUGCGUCUGCCGUAUCGCGCCAGAGAAAGGCUUCGAGUUCCUCGCGCAGGUCGCGACGCGCCUGGCCGCGGACAAAGUGCCCUUCAAGCUGUUGAUCGUGGGCGGGAACCGCAAUCCCGUCGUAGAAAACAAGGUCAAGCGUCUGUUUGACGGGAUCCGCAACCAUGUGGUCUUUACCGGCUUCCUCACGGGGUCCGCGCUGGCUCGUGCCUAUGCCUCGGCCGAUCUUUUCUUGCACUGCUCCAUUACCGAAACCUUUGGGCUGGUCGUUCUCGAGGCGAUGGCCAGCGGACUGCCCGUGAUUGCACGCGAUCAGGGCGGACCCUCCGACAUUAUUCGUCAUGGUCAGACCGGCUAUCUGGUUCCGCCGCAUGACCUCAACCGAUUCACUGACUGGACGCGCGAGGUGUCCCAAGACUCGACCCGACGAAGAGCUCUCGCGACUGCCGCCCGUCAAUACGCCGACGAUACCACCUGGGAGAAGAUUAACCGCCGAGCGGCCUGGCAGAUAGCCGAUGCAUUGACCCAUACCGACCAGGAAUCGCAUGGUCGUCGGCCUCCGGUUCGACCCGGUAUCAUGGGAUCGACCAUGGAGUAUGUUCGUCUCGCGUUUGCCGUGGGGAUCGUAUACGCGAUGUGGUUGAUUGCCGUGGUCCCGUUGAUUGUUCACGGGCACCGCUUUAUCCCUCGGGCCUGGCAGGCGCUGCGAGAUCAAUUCCAGUGUGCUUGGCCGCUCCGCAGCUGA